GCACCCACAAGUUCAUAUAUACCUACCUCAUCGACCCAUUUCACAAAAAAACAUCAGAGAGCACGUCAAGCAACAGAGGACUAUAGGAAGCAACAAAACAGAGCAGGGAGAGGUUCAAGCACGGAAAAGAGAUUGAAAUUUAAAUGUAAUUUCUGUAAACAUUUUAGCAGACAAGUAUAGAAACGAAAAGAUGCUGUUGGACUAUUUCAUCUUUGGGUUGAUUACCAUUCUAAUGCCAGGGGCUCAAUGUGAGGAAACAGAGGUGUUUGCUGAAGCGGGCUCUCAGGCUGAACUACCCUGUAAAUGUAACCCUUCAUCCCCCUUUAUCCCCUCCAUCGUGUGGAGUAAGGCCAACAAAGGCACUGUUUGGAGAAAGCAAAAGAGCGGUCUGCAGUACUGGGGCUCUAGCUGGUCAUCAAAAGGCACCCACCGCGUGCAAUGCCCCCACAACCAGUUUGAGAGAGGAAAUUUUAACCUGCAAAUCAACAACGUGAUGGCGGAGGAUGGAGGAAUUUACUCCUGCAUGGUGGAAAAUGGAGGCAAAUGGGCUGUGAACGUGGUCAUACUGAGAAUCAUUGAAGUUUCCGUCUCUUCAUCGGUUUCCGUAUGGGGGAACGAUGUUUCGAUUAGUUGCAAAGUGACCCCUUGGCCUUACGAAGCCUCUGUGCAUUGGAUGUUGAACAACAGCCCAUUUGUGCCUAAGACUGAAAAUGCAUCAAACAAUGAUACCACUAAAAGUAUUGUGAGGGAAAAGGCAACAGCAAGACUGGCAGGAAACUGGACCUGUGUUGUGGACUACAAGGGCAAAGAGGGGCGAGCUUCGGCAGCUCUGACUGUGAAGGGAAUCAUCCACCCAUCUGAAGACAAUACUCAAGUGUAUGCUGCCUUGGCAUCUACAGUCACACUUCCCUGCGUGUUCUCCCCUGGUUUGAUCCCCUCCAAUCUAGUCUGGGAGAAACUGAAACCUGAGUUUCUUUUUAAACCUGGUCCCAGUCGCCUUCCUUCCUCUUUCUCUCAAUCCUCUCCAUCCUCUCAGCGACCCUUUGAUAAAUCUGCCACUUUGAAAGAAGUUGGGUUUGAGGAUGAGGGCAGGUACAGAUGCUCUGGCACCAUUGAAGGACAACGGUUGACUCGAAAUAUGCAGCUUGUUGUUGCCAAAAUCGAUAUCCUGUCAAAGAAAACAGGCUCUGUGACGCUGACCUGCCAACUGACCGACACAAGCAAAGUCACCGACUAUGAGUGGGUUCAUGUGAUCUAUGACCUCAACGGCACCCAGUCAGUUAGGUCCAUCCAGAAGGGAAACACCCUGAGUAUAAGCAAGGCCUCCGAGGAGAACCAGGGUGAAUGGACAUGUCGUUUCUAUGGGAAAGAGGGCAUUUUGGGAAAUGUAACAUACCACAUUCAAACAAUGAGUCAUCUGAGCGGACCAAAGUCUUCUGGUGGCUCACAUAACACCGCUGGUGUGGUUGGUCUUAGCUUUCUCCUCCUUGUUUUGCUGCUGAUUUUGGCUCAGAUGUACAAGAACCACCAAAGGAGGAAAAGGAUCUUUCAGUACCCUGCGCUGGAGACCAUUGUUCAUACUGUCUCCAAUGAGCGGGAGGAGAGGAACCGAGUGAAAAAGUAAAGACACAUUAAAGCAAAAUGCAGAAGGAAUGCAGAAAAGAUCUCACAGUGCUAAAUUGGAGUAAGAUCUGUCUUCUUUAUGCAUGUAACAUGUUGGGAGAAAAAUUUUUGUAAAUAGAGUAUUUUCAGAGCAGACAAUGUAGCAGUGUUGUUGUUGAAUUUAAAAUGUGUAUUAUCCUAUUUGAGAUGUAUCUGUUUUUAAAAUUAUUCUA